UGAGAUUUUUGGCGGACACUUUGCGCGCCUCUUGCGAUCUCUCGGUAGCGACACUGAAUUCGUGAACGCACUUCGACAUAACCGCCGGAAAUAACUAGAAAUAAAGAUGUUCGAGGCGAAGUUGCUCCAGGGAUCUGUCCUCAAGAAGACUCUCGAUGCAAUCAAGGAUCUCAUCAAUGAAGGAACAUGGGAUUGCAGCGCUGCAGGCAUCUCCCUGCAGGCCAUGGACAACUCCCACGUUUCGCUAGUGGCGUUAAAUCUCCGAGCCGACGGUUUCGAGAAGUUCCGGUGCGAUCGCAACCUGUCCAUGGGAAUGAAUCUCUCUUCGAUGGCGAAGAUCCUCAAGUGUGCCGAGAACAAUGACGUCAUCACCAUGAAGGCACAGGACGACGCCGACACGGUGACGUUCGUGUUCGAGGCGAACAACCAGGAGAAAGUCUCCGAGUUCGAGAUGAAACUCAUGAAUCUCGACUCCGAACAUCUCGGCAUUCCCGAUACGGACUACUCGGUCGUAGUCAAAAUGCCAUCGUCGGAGUUCCAGCGGAUCUGCCGAGACCUCUCGCAAAUCGGUGACUCCGUACAAAUUACCUGCACAAAAGACGGUAUCCGAUUCGCAGCUGCCGGUGACUUGGGCACAGGGAACAUCUCUCUGAGUCAAACGGCCGAAGUCGACAAAGAAGAAGAGGCGGUCAUCAUCGAUAUGCAAGAAGCUGUCACGCUCACAUUCGCUCUCAAGUACCUCAACUCGUUCACCAAAGCAACUCCGCUCUCUGGACAGGUUUCCUUGUCGAUGUCAGCAGAUGUUCCCCUCGUGGUUGAAUACAAGAUCGAGGAUAUGGGUCACCUUAGAUUCUACCUUGCACCUAAGAUCGAUGAUUCCGAAGAUAACUAAGCGCUGUGUAUUUUAUGCUCCGAGCAAAAACGUGAGACAUGAUCGAUUCCCAUGUGAACGGCAUUUUUUCCGCCUUUUAUCUGGUCGCUUCAUAAAAAUGAUCCAUUCCGUA